AAUACUACAACUAAUACCCAAGCUCAAGCCUUCGUUGGUAUGUAACUCCUCUCUUCAACCUUACUCCCACACAACCAUCCCAUCUACUGACCGUCUUAACGUUUUAUCAUACUAUGGCUCAGACAUACGCAUCAUAUGACCUUUGCGAGUCUCACAUCACAGCCGAUGCUGUUGCUCAAGAUAGUGUCGCCUUGACCACCAUCUUUGCAGAUCCAGUCACAGAGGAUAUCUACCACAUCGAACAGCGUGCAUCGGAGGGUGGUCGAUGCAUGCUCAUGAGCAACAAGACUCAAAAGGAAGUCUUCGGCAAGGACUUCAAUGCACGCACGCGCGUUCAUGAAUAUCUUGCAGGUUCUGCAAUCGCUUAUAAUGGGACUGUGUACUCUUCAAACUUCACGGACUUCCGUAUCUAUGCCGCGAAAGACAGGAAUAUCAAACCAAUCACUCCAGAGGAUCCAAACAAGCUUUAUCGCUACGCAUAUUUCUGUGUACACCCAGUCCACACAGAUCUACUCGUCGCUAUUUUACAAGACCAUACCAACGAUACGUCGCGUACCGUGCGCAAUUCUCUUUGUGUCGUCAACUCCUCAGCUGCCACUGUCGCGCCCUUGGUUUCCACCGAGAACGCAGAAAGUGAGUUCUAUGCCACAGCACCGAUGUUUUCCCCUUCUGGUGAUAAGCUCUCGUGGCAGUUAUGGAAACAGCCAGGCAUGCCUUGGAAGGGUGGACAGAUCUACGUGGCCGACGUCCAUUACAAUUCCAACACUCAUACACUUAGCCUGAGCAACACGAAGCUGGUUGCCGGCGAAGCUAACAAUCUUAGCGCGUGUUGUAGUAGGGAUCCCGGGCAGGUUAGCGACAGUGUUUGGCCGUAUAUAGCGCCGGAGUUGCCGAUAGUAGAGGUUGUAUGUUGUUACCAGCACGACGCUGAAGAGAGUCUCUCGCAGUACUAACCAGAUACCAGCUUAGUAGUAUUUGAAAGAAAUCUGGGGGCUUAGUACAAACGUACGACUUAUACAAUGCUACGUAUAUAAUAGACAAUGAAUCAACUGUACCCUCCAUAUCGUACUCGACAAAUGUCUCUGCAAAUCAAUCUACAGGAACUCAAAUUGAUGAACGGAGAAUGCUGGAGGCUCACUUCUUGCGACAGUGCUGCCAGCGUGUCCCAUGUGCCAUGCAACUCAAGUCAAGC